AUGGCCGGGAAAAUGUACCUAGCCGAUACAAGUCUCGUGUGCGGAAGUCGCAACGCUGUGGGCAUCUCUUGUCGUGCCUGCCUUGUGCGCAAUGAUCUGAUGCCCAAUCUUCCACAGGCAACCCAUCUCUGCCCCACCUUCAACAGAAACUCUUGUGACAAAACACCUCAACUCUACAACUCUUGUGUCUUGUCAACUCCUUCCACUCUUCCAAACACUUUCACCAUGGAGGAUCAAUACCAGUCCGGCCAUCAAGAGGUCAUUCCAUGCCUUUUGAGCGACUACGAUGACGAUGUGAAGGCCCAUCGCGAAAGCUUCCAGGCGUUCAUGACAAGACAGGCCGAGGAGCACUGGGCGGCCGAAAUCAGCUCUCUGGAUAUCGAAGGGUCCGCCGACAGAAUCACCACUGUUAUCGAGCAGGAAGUCAACAGACUCGCCAAGAAGCUCGAUGUGAUCGCAACGGCUAUGGCUGCUGAGACCGACGGUGCCCAGGCAAACCGACUGCUCGCCAUGAUUCCAACCAAGUUGAACCUGAUGGCCAAGCUUGAGGACUUGGCCUUCUCUCGGCUUCAGCCAGUUGAGGGAUCGGCUGAGCGGCCACUGGCCAUUGAGGACAUAUCUCCGUCAACUUCACAGGGCUCAACCCAGUGUGAGAUUUCGGGGCGGCUAGAUGGCUACGACCGACCUGUCAGCCAGACUCCCAUUAAGAAACGCAGCGAUAGCCCGAUCAAGAUUGAAUCACCUACCCCGACCAAGCGUCGCCGAGUCAAUUUCUCAGAGGACGGGGCAUCCCGGGUGUCUGAGCCUACACCAGCCCUGUCCCAUGCUCUGCGUACUUCCUCCCCUUCGUUGCCGCAAGCCCUCCUCAGCAAAGGUGGAAACUCUGGUUCGGGACAUCAGGAUCCAUCACCAUCACCUUUGCUACCCCAAUCAAAGAUUGCGCCUGCUCACCAUGCAACACCUUCCAAUCAGCGAUACGACCUUUCGAAGGCCGCCCCACCAUCUGCGAAGAAGAAGCCAGCACAAACCAAGAAACCAGCCCAGGCUUCAAAGCCUUGUCACGGAAAACCACUCUGCAUAUCUAGAGCUAGCCUUCACGAGGUUCAGCACCGCGAGUGGAUUUUCAAUUUUCAGAGCUCCGGCUGGUGCGUUCUUCGUUGUGGCCGUUUCAACUGUCUUAACCAAGGUCCGGGCUCGGUUCAGCAGAUCAGCGCGUGGGUGAACAAUAGCAACGACGUAAUCAGAUACACAAAUAUGAACACAUCAGAGAAGUAG